AUGAAAACGGAUUGUUGCCCAUUUAGUGUUCCGAUUUGGGUUUUUUUUUCCAAACACGGAGUGCAAAUCCCCCUUCCUGAAGCAUCGCUUUACAGUCCUCCUAAGGGAAUAUUCGUCAUUCCAAUCACCUUGUUCGAAGCGGCUAAGCGUUUGCCUUCCACCGACUUCUUCAACCUGAUUAUCUGGGAAUAUAGGUUUUCCGUGCGAGAGUUGACCGCUAUUGCUAUAAACAAGAUAGUGGGUUUUGAACUCAUCUGUCGUGCCCUAGGCGGCCUGCCAAAUGUUCCGGCAUUCAAUUACCCAAGGGAUAAGGUAUAUGUCGACUGUGCUCCAACACUUUUUGAUGCUGACAACGAACUAACUGAUGUCCUAGAAAAGAUUACCAUCAAUGAUGAAGAUUGGCUUGACUGCUUCUUGUCCGCAGGUGUCGAGGAGGUUGUUUCUUUAGAGAAAGCUCUUCAAGGUCUAUUCAACGGUGAACUUCUGUGUCGCGACGUCGAUCUUGUGGAGGCUCUUCCACCCCUUGUUUCUGGUCGAGGAAUCAAAGCUACCAUCGGUUCUGACAGUGCUACUGGCAUUGACGAGGAUCUAGAUUUGUAG